UGGCUCCGAGCGGCGCGGGGGGGGCGGGGCGCCGCGCGGCAGGUGCGUGAAGCUGAGGGGCGAAGGUAGCGGCGGCAGGUCGUGGCCCAUCAGUCUGAGGAAGAUGCCGACGGAACAGGGUUCCUGGAACAACCUGACAACCCUGCAGAAGAUAGCUCUGGCCCUCGGGAUCCCAGCCAGUGCCACCAUCCUCUACAUCUUGUACCGCAGGUACAAGGAGAGCCGAGAGAAGCGGCUGACCUUCGUAGGGGAGGACGACACUGAGAUUGAAAUGAAGGUCCCGCAGGAUGCUGUGAAACUGAUAAUCGGGCGGCAGGGAGCUGUUAUUAAGCAGCUGAUGAAGGAGACGGGUGCUCGCAUCGAUGUGGACAGAGAGGAGCUGGGUGGCGAGCAGAUGCUGCUGAUCAGCGGCUUCCCCGUCCAGGUCUGCCGUGCCAAGGCUGCUAUCCACCAGAUCCUGACAGAGAGUGCCCUGGUGUCAGAGCAGUUCUUCGUGCCACAGAGAGUUGUCGGCAGGAUCAUAGGCAGGGGCGGUGAGACAGUCCGAGCCAUCACCCGCAGCUCAGGAGCCAAAGUAACUUGUGAGAGGGAGGCAGAAAGCAGCCUGUCGCUGACCAGGCUCAUCAGCCUCUCAGGGACGCAGAAGCAAGUGGCUACAGCCAAGCAACUGAUCCUGGAGAAGCUCUCAGAGGAGGAUGAAUUUAGGAAGAAGCUGGCCCAGUCAGCAGCUGUGCGGGGCCCCCGCAAGCAGCCUCUGGGUUUGAGGAGGGAAGAAGCAGAGGAACAGGGUGUCCUGACUCAACCCAAUGGAGCAGUCCCCUGGCAGCCAGGGAGCCCCGGGCAGGGGCAAGGCGAUGGAGCCCAGCUGCUGGCAGAAACAGACUUUGAUGCCCCUCAGGAGCUGAGGGAUGAGAUAGAGGAGCCGGGGCUAGAGUCCCUUGUGGCAGUGCCCAAGUUUGAAGUCCCCAGCCCAGACUUCAGCUUCCACGCAGAUGAGCACCUGGAGGUUUAUGUCUCAGCCUCUGAAAAUCCCAACCACUUCUGGGUGCAGAUCGUGGGCAACCGCAGCCUCCAGCUGGACAAGCUGAACUGUGAGAUGGCUCAUUACUACCAGAGCGAUAGCCAGUUGCCUGACUCCCUGAGUGUCCAGGUGGGCGACAUUGUGGCUGCUCCAUACGCUGACAGCAGCAGCUGGUACCGGGCCAGAGUCCUGGGGACCCUGGAGAAUGGCAAUCUCGAUCUGUACUGGGUUGACUUCGGCGAUAACGGGGAAGCCCCAGCCAGCGCCCUGCGAGCACUGAGGACCGACUUCCUGAGCCUGCCCUUCCAAGCAAUCGAGUGCAGCCUCACUGGGAUCGCUCCUGCCGGGGAGCAGUGGGAGGAGGCGGCGCUGGAUGAGUUUGAUCACCUCACCUACUGUGCUCAGUGGAAGCCAUUGGUGGCCAGGAUCUCCAGCUACGUCCAGUCCGGCAUGGGCACGUGGCCACGCAUCAGACUGUACGACACCAGCCGUGGGCAGAAUCUAGACAUUGGGGAGGAGUUGGUCCGGCUGGGCUAUGCUCUGCAGUGCCCACAGGAGGAUGAGGGUGCAGCAGGGGACAAGCCCCUCCACAUGGCCAAGGACACCACAUCUGAGGCUCUACAGAGGAUGCUGGAGAACACUACAGGAGCCUCCCUUGAGAGCCUCAUCUCAGAGACCCAGAAGAGCCCGGCUGAGACCCCCCUGACCCUGUCCUACAUCAGCCUCUCGGAUGGCUCCAUCGAGCAGCUCCGUGGUGACCCCGAGCCAGCUGAGCCCCCUUCCCAGGAGACCCUUGUCCUCCCACUCCAGUCCCUCAGCAUCCGUGCUCCCCCAGUGGACACCAAGGGCCUGAGUGUGAUGGUGGGCAGCCAGGAGCCAGGCGAAGGGGGGUCUCAGCCAGACCCUGGGACCGACGUGGCAAAUUCCCCUUGGACCUCCAGCCCUGCUGGGCAUGUGCCUGGCCCAUGCCCCCUAGCAGAGGCCUCCCCCAUCUCCCUCUCAAGUGGCGGCUCCUCCCUGUCGAAGGAUGGCUUCUCCCCCAGCCUGGCCUCUGGGGACAGCAGCGUUGGCUCCAUUCGGGGCUGCUUCUAUUACCUGUCCACCUCAGACGAACAAGCCGACUCCUCCAUUUUCUACAGCAAGCUUGGCUCGGGCUUUGGUAGAGACUCGCAUGCUGCCGAUUCUCCCCUCCCUAGCACCGUCCUCAUCAGCUCCUCAGAUGAAGUUGCCUCUGUGUCUGGGAGUGGCGAUGACAUCCUGCUGGUGGAGGACGAGUUCCUGUGAGCCUUCCCCAUGCCACAGGGACCAGACAGGCUGCAAUAGUUCACUAUGAGAACGUUUCACUCAGGAUUGUACGGGGGCGUGUUGUCUUCAGUUCAACCCCAUUUUUGCGGGCGAGAAGAGAGAAAAGAAAAGACCAGUUUGCUGCUUUAAUAAAGUUCUGUUGAGUUUUGCACAGAA